AAGUUGAGUGAUUUUCGUUUUUAUCCCGUGUCGAGUGGAGAAAGAAAAGAUAUUUAUCCAAAUAAAUGCCUGCAGGAGGUUCUACAAUGGAUUCUCAAAGAGAAAAAGCGUUCCAGGACUACCGUAAAAAGUUAAUGGAGCACAAAGAAGUAGAAUCCAGGCUCAAAGACAUGAGAGAACAGCUUAAAGACUUGACCAAACAGUAUGAUAAAAGUGAAAAUGAUCUCAAAGCCCUUCAGAGUGUCGGUCAAAUUGUCGGAGAAGUGUUGAAACAGUUGACAGAAGAAAAAUUCAUUGUAAAAGCAACAAACGGUCCACGGUAUGUUGUUGGAUGUAGACGUCAACUAGACAAGAACAAGUUAAAAGGUGGUACCAGGGUUGCAUUAGAUAUGACCACAUUGACGAUCAUGAGGCAUCUACCAAGAGAGGUGAUAGAGUUGCCGCUAAUGAACCCGGAGCUGUUCGUGCGCGUGGGCAUCACGCCGCCCAAGGGCUGCUUGCUGUACGGCCCGCCCGGCACCGGCAAGACGCUGCUCGCGCGCGCCGUCGCCUCGCAGCUCGACGCCAACUUCCUCAAGGUACUCUCGUGGGACCACUUUUGUUCACUCCACUUAUACUUGCUGCCUGCUGUACGGCCCGCCCGGCACCGGCAAGACGCUGCUCGCGCGCGCCGUCGCCUCGCAGCUCGACGCCAACUUCCUCAAGGUACUCUCGUGGGACCACUUUUGUUCACUCCACUUAUACUUGCUGCCUGCUGUACGGCCCGCCCGGCACCGGCAAGACGCUGCUCGCGCGCGCCGUCGCCUCGCAGCUCGACGCCAACUUCCUCAAGGUACUCUCGUGGGACCACUUUUGUGGUGUCAUCUGCGAUCGUGGACAAAUACAUUGGCGAGUCGGCGCGCCUCAUCCGCGAGAUGUUCAACUACGCGCGCGACCACCAGCCCUGCAUCAUAUUCAUGGACGAAAUUGACGCCAUCGGUGGCAGACGUUUCUCUGAGGGCACAAGUGCUGAUCGUGAAAUACAACGAACAUUGAUGGAGCUGCUCAACCAGAUGGACGGGUUCGAUUCCCUCGGACAAGUGAAGAUCAUCAUGGCCACCAACAGGCCUGAUACUCUGGACCCCGCACUGCUGAGGCCCGGCAGGCUCGACAGGAAGAUCGAAAUACCAUUGCCCAACGAACAGGCCAGAAGAGACUGUCACAUCCUAUCGCUUCUUUAUUCUAUUCUUUUUAAUCCUCAAACACCGCAAUAUCUUAAAGAUCGCUUCGUUUUUCACUCUUCUAAUUCUCUCCGAGAUUUGAGGUCUUCCCAUAACCUUUCCUUAGUGAUCCCUCCUCAUACAACUGAUUUUGUAGCCAAGUCGUUUUAUAUCAGAGCUAUCAAACUGUGGAACUCACUGCCGGACAAAAUAAAUAUAAUUCACAGAUUAGAGAUACUGAAAAUCCACGCUGCACCAAUAGCUAAGCACGGUGAGAUGGACUAUGAGGCUGUGGUGAAGCUGUCCGAUACAUUCAACGGAGCGGAUCUCAGGAACGUCUGCACUGAAGCUGGACUGUUCGCUAUCAGAGCUGAGAGGGAAUACAUCAUACAGGAGGACCUUAUGAAGGCCGUAAGAAAAGUAGCCGACAACAAAAAACUGGAAAGCAAGCUGGACUACAAGCCCGUCUAAUUUUAUAUUAAUUAUUUUCUUUAUCAAUAUAUAAUACGAUAGAAAUAAAUUGAUAUGUCGAUUUAGAGAUAAAUCUAUAUGAAUUAUUUUAUACACAAUGAAAAUCUUAAAACAUCGACAAAUGAUUUUCCAACGCGAUCAAAAGGUUUUUAAGUCAUAUGUUGCUGAAUUGAGUGUCGAAUAAAGUUGUAUCUCUAAAGUGAUAUGAAGGUUUGUAAUAAUAAAACUUUUAACUUG